AAGUCCCUGAACAGAAUCCUAGUAUCAGAAAGUAUCAGAGCUCCAAAAAGGGAAUCUGUGCUUCCUAUUAUGAAGUGAUGACAUUUGAUAAGUGCUCUAUGAUGACACUGUGAUUUAUUUGUGCUAUUCAAUCAACUGCUACAGAUCAGGAGAUUCCAAUGGCGUCACUCAGACAUCAACUUAUCUCUGAUGUCUCGGAACAAAAUACCACAGGUCAGCAGAGUAACAGUCAUGGGAGCACAUCGCCUUGUUGACCCACCAUGUUAUAUUUACCCCAAAACACUGCAAGCAAGCAAAAAGCUCACACGAGAACGUCAAAUUGAGAAGACAGAAAGAGGGUAAACGUCUCACAGUGCUUAACAAAAGUGGCCCCUGCUCGUUUUUCCUGGAAUUUUGACAACUAAACCCUGAGACGGCAGGCUGGCUCUGAGCCACCCAUGUACCAAAAAGAAAAAAGGGAACGCUCUGGAGGAGUCUUAAUCUCCGAGUUUGGAGCCGAGGAGUAAAGAAUAACUUGGGUCAGGAGACAGCGGUGUUUAACUGGCAGUGAGCGAGGGGCGUGGACGUCGGAUCAGAGCAAACACCUCACUGGUUUGUUGAGCUGAUCUUGUGACUUGCAUAAUGGUGUCCUGCGGAUGUUGGUUUUGGUCAGAAUUAUGGGUCACGGAUACGAGCCCGGCUAUGUCUCGACAGGUUGUUCAGGUCCAGCCGGAGAGCAGAGUUCAGGAGGAAGGUCAAUGGAGUACCGGCCUGUGUGAGUGCCAUAAAGACGUGGGAGACUGCUGCUUUGCCCUUUGCUGCCUCCCAGUGUUUACCUGUAAGGUGACCAGUGCUGUGGGCUCCUGUCCCUGCCUGCCCCUGCUGGACUGUAUUGGCUGCGUACCACCGGCCUCUCUCGCCAUGAGGGCGUCUGUCAGGGAACGAUACGGAAUACCGGGGAGUGUGUGGAGCGACUGCCUGUAUGGAUGCUGCUGCUAUCCGCUAUCUUGGCUCCAGAUCUCCAGAGAGCUGAAGAGAAGAGCAGCAUCCCACGCCUCCUCCUCUUCAGCCAGAUACGCUGCUCUGGUGUCCCUGCAGGAGGCGCACUUGUUCUAGAACUCACGUCUUCUGUGCACCCCCCCCCACCCCUCGCAGCCUGCCCUCCAGUGCACAGGAGUUGAUUUAAUCACACUUCCUCUGAUCCGCAGCCACUCCCUGCUGCUUCGGGGAACUCAGCAGGCACCCGAUCUCUGUCCCACAGAGAGGAAAGAUCUGCCUCUCUCCAAAUGAAGGGAUAAAAAGUCAUUUGACUUGGGGCGACUUUAGCUCAUGAAUUUGGCCCACCUUUAUUCUAUAUAUUCUAUAUUUGAUACAACGAAAUGUUUUAACUGCUGAUUCACAACUUUGGCCCUGUGAAGUGCAAACAAAGCACUGUCUAUUUGGGGCGCUUCUGUCAUUAAGUUUUCAGUGGUAAAAAAGGUGGCGGGAACUUCUUUGGCCUAAAAAAGGUAAAGGAUUAUUAUUAUAUAAAAUUAUAUUGUUCACAAAAUAAAUAUUGGACAAAAGUCUAAAACAUGAA